AUGUGGUCCUGGGAUAUCUGCGCCGACACCUGUGCCAUUUGUAGAAACAAUCUGAACGAGCCCUCCAUCGAAUACCAGGCCAACCCGUCUCCCAACAAUGAAAAUGGACUUUCCAUCGCUUUCGGUUGCUGCUCCCACGUCUUCCAUCUCGAUUGCAUCCAGCGCUGGUUGAAAGCUCGCUCAGUCUGUCCGUUGUGCAAUAAAGAGUGGGAAUUUAGCAAGAUUGAGCGCAUUCCGGGAUACAAUGCCUUGGGUAUAUAA